CAAGAAGCUAAGAACCAAAAAGUCAACGGUCAAGGUUGUCAAGGUUGGUCAAGGUUAAGACCUUAGCCAAUCCCAUCCAUAUCUUGUACCUUAGUAUCCGGUCCAGCUAAUCCAACUAAUCCAACUAUCCUGGCUCGAUGAACCCUUUGUAGGUACGGAAAUAAUAAUAUUCUAUUUUUUUUUGGUCUUUUAUGCUUUUUCACUUUUCGGCUUUCUUCGUACUACCGGACUUCUUCUCAAUCAGGAAUAUUCUUAAGUCCUCAUCGACCAAGUCCCCCGACCAAGUCGCAGUCGCGCGCGCUGAGACGGGAAGUAUUCCCUGCUCUCAUUUUGACCCGUCACUGCGGCUUGAUGCCAAAAAGCCUUAAGGCGUUUUAGUUGAGGUUAUUGUUAUUUCCGACCGAGAUUCAAUCGUCGCUCCCGUCUUUUGAUAAGUCUUACCCGGGCCACGAUGGACUCUCGGCCCGGCAGCUAUCAGACAAGUGUCUUUCGCGCACAACCAACAGAAGGACUUCAGCGCAAGAUCCAAAAGCGCAAUCGUCCUCCCGUCUCAUGUCUGCUGUGCCGGACACGCAAGGUGAAAUGCGACCGCCAACAGCCAUGUGAGAGGUGCGUCAAGAGUGGUGAGGCCAACUUCUGCGAGUAUGCACCUCGUGCCUCUCGCAAGACGCGCACGGAUGCGCGGCCGCAAGUGGAUACCCGGGCAAGACAUGAGCCUAUGUCGAGACCCGUCCUUCAGGUCCGUCUUCAGAAACUCGAAGAGAUGGUCAACGGCCUGGUCUAUACUGCGCGCAAUCGUGAGUCUGCUCUUGAUACUCCCUCAAGCUCAGAUCAACGAACAGAAACGGAGACUCGCUCCGAUUUGAGCUCCCCACCUAGCUUAGGGACCACUUCUGGAAAUCCGCUUCUCCCCACCACCCUUGGCGGCGAGCACAACUAUGUCGGCGCCACUCAUUGGGCCUCUAUCCUUGAGAGUAUUCAUGACAUCCAAGGCAUACUUCAAAAUGAGACGGACGGGCCUCCUACCCCGUCACCUCCGCCGGAACACGGAAGCCCGGACAAUCCAGACGUCAUCUUUGGCAAGCUUCCACCCAUAACUAUUUCGCAGGCCGUUGCGCGAUUGCCGCCUAGGAACAAGACGGACGCGCUCAUAUUGGUUUACUUCCGCCAUAAGUUCAUAACAGCUCCAUACAUUCACACCACCAAAUUUCAAAGAGAGUAUGACGCCUUCUGGGAGGAUCCGUCUUCUGCGAGUCUACUGUGGAUUAGUUGCCUUGCUUCUAUGUUAUGGGUUGCAGCAUCGAUCACCCGCUUGAAAGGCGAGGCUGACGAAUCUGAACCAAAUUUGCUCGAUAGGUUAACAGCACUAGCAACUGAAUGUCUCGUGUCUGGAGAUUACUUGUCUGCCAAACCAUACUGCAUUGAAGCACUACUCUUACAUAGCUACUCGGAGCUACAAAAGGCCAAGGAAAUCAAUUCUGGUUUAUGGGCCAAGUUUGGACUCACUGCUCGGCUUGCGCAGCGCAUGGGGUACCAUAGAGAUCCAAAGUAUCUCUCUAAUAUCACACCUUUCGAAGGCGAACUCCGUAGGCGAGCCUUUUUCUUCAUCGAGGUGUUCGACGUCCUCUUCUCCUUUCAGCUUGGCAUGCCUCCGAUUAUACGUGACGACGAGUGUGAUACCGAGUCGCCCAGCAACCUAUUUGAUUCCGACUUUGACGAGAACGUUGUAGCACUGCCUCCGUCACGACCAGCUACGGAGCCCACAUCUACUCUGUACCUAAGUUACAAAUCAAAGCUAUGUCGAAUGUUACGCCGAGUGAUUCGGUUCGCAUUGUCGAUACAUCCCCCACCAUAUGAAGAGGUCAUCAAGCUGGAUGAAGAGAUUCAUCAAUACCACGCCCAAGUUCCCCCUUCUUUGCAAAUAAGGCCGAUACGUACGUAUAGCUUCACGGACCAAACAUACGACAUCAUGCAUCGUCUCAUGUUGGAGAUGAUGUAUCUCAAAAGCCUUUGCGUGCUGCACCGGCCGUAUCUAAACAGGGAGAAGGAUAACAGUCUAUACGAUCGAUCACGGAACACGUGUCGAGAUGCGGCUCUCAGGAUUCUAGAUCUACACGCCGAGUACGAGGAGGAGAGCAGGCCCGGUGGUCGUAUAUACGAGGAUAAAUACAUGCUUUCGGCCCUUACCCUUCACGACUUCCUGAUCGCGGCGAUGAUCUUAUGCCUAGAUCUUACGGAGAACUUACCAAGCAGCCCAGCAGAUCGAUCGAGGAAGCUCAAGGCACUUGGGACGUCAUAUAAGAUGUGGGCAGAGAGAAAGCACAACUCUAGAGAUGCUGCGCAUGCUACGCGAGUUGUGGGCGCCAUUCUCCGGAAGGUUUCGAUGCAAGACCCAGCUUCCAAUCGUUCACCGCCACCACCACCCCCGAGGCCCGAUUUACGGGACGGCUCACUAGCUAUCUUGCUGAACAAUGACAUGCAGCAAGUUCCAAUGACGCCGUCCUCAUUAGACCCCAUGGCAUCUAUCGAUUUCUCAACCCUAGAUUUCGGCAGCAACUUACCACUCGAUGCUAUGCUAAAUGGCCAAAACAUGGUCGAUUGGAGUGCAAUCGACUCCUUCCUCCUGGACAGGCCAGACAGCGCAUUCCGGACGCUACCUUAGCAGCCCUACUAUUAAGCGUCACGCUUCAAUUUCUUAAAAAUAUAUCGAACGACUAUUGUCUCAUCGGCGACGGAGUUACGGACUGUUAUGCUAACCCUCGUGUUCUAGCUAAAAGGAGUACGGGGCGAAGUGGGACCCGGGUCAUGGGUUCGCUACUUCUAGACCGUCGCUUUCUACCGUGUAUCUUUUUCCUCUGUCUUUUUUUUAACGUAUAUAUAUAUUUUAUUUUAUUUCAUCUGGAACCCUAUAUAGAUAACUGGGCUUUAUUGCGAGGGCGACUUCUAUUGCAUCAUCGAGGGCGUCUGGGCGCUUAGUUAACAAAAAGGCAGGGCUGGUCGUUAUUAGGUAUUACCCACUUAGUUUACGAAUGAUUUUAUGAGAAAAUUUACGCAGAUUUCGUUCA